AUGCCAGAAGUAUACCAGAACCUGGCUGCUACAUCUUUCUUGUCUCCGACUGGAGCGUACAAGCCGUUUGAUGCCGCCGCAGGUGGUUACUGCCGUGGCGAGGGCGCUGGUAUUGUUGUCCCGCGGCCGUUGAAGGAUGCAAUCGAUAACGAAGAUCCCAUCCUCGCUGGGAUUUCCGGCUCGGCCAUCAAUCAGGGCUCGAACAAGUCACCCAUCACCGUCCCCGACUCGGAUUCUCAGCGCAUGCUGUAUGAGAAGACAUUCUCGCAGUCCGGGGUUGCGGCGGAAGAAGUUACCCGACUGAUAAUUCCCGUGGAGCCGACUGAGUGGGUGUCGACGAAACGGGUCGCCACGGUCAACAACUAUGGUGCAUCCGGGAGCAACGCUGCGCUUGUGGUGAAGGAUCACCCAACAUUUUCCAUGGGUCCUGAGGGUAAGUCCUCAGAAAAUCUCUCGGACAUACCCAUCUUAGUCUCUGCGCGGUCUGAAGAAUCUAUUCGGGCGUACUGCGGUGCCCUCUGCGAGUUCCUAUCGAGCGAUCCGCUAUCCGACAACAUAAUCCGGGAUUUGGCGUACAACCUCGCAAACAAGCAAAACCGAGCUUUAUCUUUCAAUCUAGCCAUCUGCGUGUCCGCAGACUCGGCCUCAUCAUACUAUUGUUUGGAAGCCAUUGCAUCAAGCACGUCCGCCGAUAAUAUCCAGAAGCGACUAACCAAUCACUUUGAUAACUAUGCCCUCCUACGGACGCACUUAACGGCAUGCGAGCAAGAAGGUCAGACUUUGGGCCGUCCCAGUCUCUUCUCAACAAUUUUCAGGCCGGAUCAGAUCCCGGACAUCGCUCAUCUGCACUUCGUGUUAUUCUCUAUCCAAUACGCGAGUGCAAAAGCGUGGCUUGACACUGGGCUCCAUGUGAACCGCAUUGUCGGCCAUAGCUUCGGCCAACUCACCGCGCUAUCAGUGGCUGAUAGCUUGAGCAUUCGUGACGGUAUCCGCCUCGUGUCCGAACGUGCUCAUUUGAUUCCGUCCAGCUGGGACUCAGAGCCCCGGGUGAUGCUUGCCGUAGAAGGCACAGAGCUUGUGGUGAGUGGUACUGAGGAAUCUAUCCUUGCCGUCGAAAAUGCUGUCGCGGCAAGCAAAUUGACUGACAACGUUCUGAUUAGACGACUAGAUAACUCACACGCCUUCCACUCUAGACUGGUCGACAAUAUUGUGCCGAGCUUGGCAGAGGUCGCAGAAUCGUUUGAUUUCCGUCCGCCGGCGAUCCCCAUUGAGUCUUGUUCUGUCACUGGAGACUGGUCAACCGUCACACCAGCAAAAAUCGUUGAACAUAGUCGCAUGCCUGUGUACUUCCAGCGUGCUAUCCAACACUCCCGUCGCUAG